AUGGCAGGGUAUUUGUUCUUGGAACCGCUGACACCGAAGUAUCUCUGUACAUUAUGUAAACAAGUUCUCAGAGAUCCUGUACAAACAACUUGCGGGCACCGUUACUGUCGAUCCUGCAUUGACGACUUUAUUAAUCGUCCAGGAACCCAGAGAUGCUUUGAGUGUGCAGGUGAAGAUGAUCCAGACAACAUCAUCACUGCUGAUCAGAUUUUUCCAGACAAUGCUACUAAAAGAGAAAUACAGUGCCUAGAGGUGAAAUGUAGUCUGCCUUCUUGUACGUGGAAAGGUUCCUUCAAAGAUUAUGAGGAAAGAGGUCACAAUGGACAUGUUAUGGUAGGAUCUGCUGACCAAGAUGGUGCCACUCAAAUAGAUCCAGAUGUACCAACCACGUCCCAAAAAAUAAAGACUGAAACAGCUCAGAAGGUGGGGCGAGAGGAAGUGAAAUCGACAAGUGGUAUGCAUACUACUAUUAAUAAGCAGUCUCGCUCAAUUGAUGAGUUGAAGGUCAAGACCGCCACACUCAACACCGAGGUAUCGAAAUAUGAAAGGAUUGUUGCUGGACUCUACCGUCAGAUUGAGAGAAAUGCUAAUGAUGUACAGGCCAUUGAGAGAAAACUGAAACAAGACCGAGAUCUGGUGGAAUCCUUAGAGAGGAAAAUCAAGUUUCAAGACCGUAUCAUCGCACUGAAAGAUGUUGCCUUAGCUGAGCAAGAUCUAAGAAUUCAGUCUCUGGAGUUGGCAUCUUACGAUGGUGUGCUGGUUUGGAAAAUCACCGACUUCAAUCGAAAAAGAAAUGAUGCCUUAUCUGGCCGUACUACAUCCAUUUACUCACCGUGCUUCUUCACCAGUUGCCAUGGUUACAAGAUGUGUGCCCGUGUAUAUCUGAAUGGAGAUGGAAUGGGCAAGGGCAACCAUAUCUCAUUGUUCUUUGUCAUCAUGAGGGGUUCAUUUGAUGCGCUGUUAAGAUGGCCAUUCAGACAAAAGGUCACUUUCAUGAUUAUGGAUCAAAACAACCAAGAACAUGUCAUUGAUGCAUUUCGUCCGGACCCUACAUCAAAUUCCUUCAAGCGUCCUACUGGUGACAUGAAUAUUGCCAGCGGCUGCCCUUUAUUCAUGCCUCUGUCUCAACUGGACAGCAGUCGUCAUGCUUACGUAAAAGAUGAUUGUAUGUUUAUCAAGGUGAUUGUAGACACUACAGAUUUAGAUAUGAAAUGGCUCUUGUGAACUAGUCCGAGCAGUUUUAUCCUUCUGGAUUUAUCUGCAGCCUUCGAUACAAUUGACCAUGAUAUACUUCUGACAAGUCUGUUCAACCUUGACAUUACUGAUACCUCACUUCUCUGGUUCACUUCUUAUCUGAAGGAUCGUCAUCAGCGUGUUUCCACCAAUGAUAGUCUCUCUGCUUCUCAUGUACCUGGUACUUAAAACCGGAGUUCCCCAAGUGUCUGUUCUAGGACCUCCGCUAUUCUCCAUUUAUAUAUCACACUAGAUCAACUUAUUCAUCGUCAUAGUGUUAAUUUCCAUCAGUAUGCUGAUGACAACCAACUCUACCUCGCCUUCUCAUUCUCUGAUACACCGUCUUCAGUCAGCAUACUUGAAAGUACAGCUCAUGACAUUAAAUCAUGGAUGUAAUGCAACAAAUUAAAGUUGAAUGAUGAUAAAACUGAGGCUGUUCUAAUUAGAUCACCGUUUAACCGCAUUCCAUGCCCAAUAGAGAAUAUUCUCAUUGGUUCCAGCCUUAUCCAACUCACUGAGAUGGCAAGAAACAUCAGGAUCGUCUUUGAUCAUCAUCACAGCUUCAAGAAGCACAUGUCAGUCUAUAUAUUACGUAAAAUUGGUCACAUACGACGCUUCCUCUCCAAAAAUACAUGUACAAUAAUUAUUCAUGCAUUAAUAUCUUCAAAACUUGACUACGGCAAUUCACUUCCAUUUGGACUACCAGAGAACACUACAAAGUCACUACAACAUGCCCAGAACACAGCAGCAAGAAUUGUGACACACACAAAGAAACUAAUUUGCAUAAUUAAAUCAAUUUUAAGCUUUCACACUGCAUGAGUUGCCAUUGGUGCUGUCACAAGUCAAUGAAGAUUACCUCCUGCCCUGUCUCAGUUAUUUAUUUAUUUUAUCAUGUGAUCGCAGGAAUCACACAAUGCACUCGCGUCUGGCAUAUUUACAGCUUUCAUCUAUUUAUUACCAGUACAUUUCUGUCCAAGCAACUUUUAUCUAUUUACUAUGUUAAGUCCAUGUUGCUAUUCUCAAGACUACGCUUUGGUUCCAACAGCUUUUUACCUAUUAAAUUAUUUAUUUUAUUUAUUUUCUAUCCAUGCAGCUUUUAUCCAUUUACUACAUUUCUG